AUGCGUCUUCAUUUCGUUUCCGCGCUCCUCAGCCUGGGAGGCGCUGCUAUUGCUGCCCCGGUUGCCAGCAACGCCGGGGCUGACGGCUCUGAUACGGGCAUUGGCCUGGGCGGUGGUGGCGGUGGUGGAGGUGGAGGUGGAGGUGGAGGUGGAGGUGGCUUCGGUGUUGGCGUUGGAGGCGGCUUUGGAGUCGGAGGUGGUGCAGGUGGUGGUUACGGUGGUGGUGACGAGGGCGGUUACGGUGGUGGUGACCAGGGCGGUUACGGUGGUGGUGACCAGGGUGGUUACGGUGGUGGUGGUGAUGGUGGUUAUGGUGGUGGUGGUAAUGGUGGUUACGGUGGUGAUGGUGGUUACGGUGGUGAUGGUGGUUACGGUGGUGAUAGUGGUUACGGUGGUGGUGAUGGUGGUGGAGCUGCUGCUGCUGCUGCUGCUGCUGCUGGAGCUGGUUCUGGUGCUGGAGCUGGUGCUGGUGCUAGUGCUGGACGAGGCAGCGGUAACGGCGGCUGGCGUAAGUAG